AUGGAAUUGGUGUGGGAAAGUGGUCAGGUUCUUAUGCGAGGAUUGCCAACAAGUCGCUCAUGCACAAGUUACUGCUCUCAUCCUAUAAAAAAUGUUGAUGAAGUCGAGAAUAGGAGUGAUGGCUACACUACAAAGAGGCCAAGAUUAGGAACUGUGGAUGCUAAGUUGGGCGAUUUUCCUUUGAUAGGAGAUAGAGAAAUCGCCAAGGGUGACAAAGCUGUGCAAGAUGAUUACCAUCCUGAAUUAUUCUCUGGAUUACGUGAAACUAAUUUCAACAUGCUUUCUGAACACAAUGAAACUAAUUUUGAUAAGCAUAUCACGCAGGCCCAUGUCGUUCCGGGGUAUAAAAGUGCAAAUUCGCGACCGGGGAAGGCGUCAGAGUUUGCAGCAGAAGUUCCUCAGCUUACAAGAGCUAGUAAUAGUCAGCUACAUCAGACUUCCUUGGAGCAAAGCAAAGCUUCAGAUCCAAUACUCCAAGGACUGCCCAAAUCAAAGCUGCAGCAGGUGGAUUCUGGACCUGACGAUCACUUGGGGCUGCAGAACUUCUCCCCCAUUUUAAGGCCAUCUCUUCCUACACCUAAUGAGGGCAGCGGUGCAACGAGGCCAACAAGCCGUCCUAUAUCAUCAAGACUUCAGCAACUGAAAAGCAACCCUGACGAGCCUCCAGCAGGUGCUAGAAAUCUUGUUGAGUCGGGACAGAUGGUGCCAACUAGUUCUUCAAAAGCUGUUAAAUAUUUCCGUGACCAACAAGAUCUAUUUGCGAGUCAGAUAGUUCCUACAGGACCAAUUGCUAGGCCUCUAGAAGCUUUACCCUCAGAUGAACAUUCUGAAGCUGUUCUCAGUAACGAUGCCACUAGCAGUAAGAGGUACUGCGAUCGGUUUCUAGGUUCAACCUCACGCUCCGCAGGAAAAACAAUAAAGGAAAAGCCUGAUAAAGGAAAAUCUAUAGAUCACCAGGCUGCAACUACUUCAAUAUGCUCACGAGGAGCUUCAAAUGAUCCAACAUCUUAUUUCGAAAGGAGAUCACAUGAAGACACAGAGGAUACAUCGUACACAAGCGAUGUACGUGAAUUAGUAAAACUUGUCAUCCUUUUCUUUGUUUCAUUUCCCCCUUAUUCUGACAAAAUUCAUGUCUUACAAAUGGCCCAGGAUGUUGAGGAAGAAGAACCAGUGCCUGCUCGAGGAACUGCAGGUUCGAAGAGAAAGCGAGCAGAAGUCCAUAAUCCGUGUGAAAGGAGGAGAAGAGAUAAGAUCAACAAGAAGAUGCGUGCAUUACAGGAUCUAAUACCCAAUUCAAAUCAGGUGGAUAAAGCUUCAAUGCUUGAUGAGGCAAUUGACCAUAUAAGAUCCCUUCAGCUUCAAAUACAGAUAAUGUCGAUGAGAACUGGGCUUUGUAUGUCUCCAACGAUGUUACCAACAGGAAUGCAACGUAUGAUGAUAUAUGCACCACAAUUAGCUCAAUUUUCUCCUAUGGGUGUGGGGACGAAUAUGAGAUUAAUGCAAAUGGGCGUUGGCUGCAUUCCAGCACCAUUCUCAGCUUCAGCUAUGUUUGGGCCACCAACUGGUCAAAUGCCCAUAUCAGUAUCACAAGCACCAUUCAUUCCAUUGAAUGUUGGAGGGCAUUCCACACAAUCAUCAGUCCCUAUGCGGGCCAUGUCUGGAAUGGCCAGUACCCCUUUGGAAUUUCUGCGCUCUGCUGCCUUUUCAAGUCCAAAGGAUAUUAUGUUCACUCCAAAACAUUAG